AUGAGUUUUGUGGACCCAACCAGCCUCGAGGACGAGAUUGAGUUCGAUCAAGAUCUCCCAUUGGUAAAAUCACUCCAAGACUUGACAAUAGUUGAGUCGUGGAGCGAUGGAAAGUUGAAAUUCACUACUUUCUACCAUUUCAUGGAUGAUGAAAAGAUUUUCUUCUGCUACACAUCAAAUUAUAAGGGCGAAAUGACCAUCGGGCAAUUCAAUUCAUCUCCGCGACGCUUCCAGGAUCAAAAUAUCUAUCCAGAGAUUCCUGUCAACGCGCACUUGACACUUACACUAUAA